UAUAUAUCAUGUAAGUUAACAAGCACUAAGUGGACAGCACAUGAUGAGGAUCAGACGUGGUCAUGCUUUAAUAUAAUUUCUCCCCGUUUGGUGGGGUGUGUGAGCAAUCAAAGAUGGCUUUUGCUGCUUUGAUUUCUCUUAGGUACACAAUGAAGAAGUUUGUCCAAUCAGAUUUUGAACAAGCUUACGAGGAGGGGUUGAUGUCCAUACUUGAACUGCUUAAUACUGCUGGACAAGCAUACAGAAGCUAUGACAGCCAGAUCUUGAAAGAUGUGGGACGGCAGAUGAGAGAGGUGAUAUGCAGAUUAGAAGCUUUGUUUGAAGAAUCUGUAAUCGACUUCUGGGAAGACAAGGAUGAGAAGGAAGAGAUCAAUUCCUAUGCCCAAAAUCUCAAGGAAAUCAAAGAGGAACUCAGCACCCACCCUUUCUGGCCUCAACAACUCCAAGAUCUGCCUAUCGCACAAACUAUUGCGAGAGGCAUAAGAAGAGGACUUUGUAGCAUGGAUUGUUUCGGAGUUAUUCACCGCAAUGUAGUUAUGCGAUGGAGAAAGGGACAAUCUCGCACAACGACUACAAACUUGUUGAUACCUGGAUUCAUACAAGUUGCUUACAAGGAGGUUAAGUCCUUACACGAACUUUUUAGUUUGGAAGAAGGAGACAACAUAAGGGUGCCAGCUGCUCUGGAAAGGGAAAUCAGAGAGGCAGCCUGGAGACUGGAAGAUGUCCUCGAAUCACUCCAAGUUUCAAAUCAAUAUUUUCUCCCACAAUCUCAACACCUCCAUGGAGCUGAGAGGAGCUACUUGGAGGAAGAGAUUAAUUUAUUCACUCAAAAGAUCGAGGAGCAAUUAAACAACACAUCCGCACAGCCUGAAGAAGAUGAAAGUGCAGUUGUCUCGUCAGGAAUUGUUCAGUUUUCUGAAAAGAAGGCAAAGAUGGUUGGAUUAGAUGAUGAAUUAAGAAACGUGAAGAAAGCGAUCAUCCACCACAAGGGACCAUCCGAAGAUUCCAAGCGGAAAAUAGUCUCCAUCGUUGGGAUGGCAGGCAUAGGUAAGACUGCUCUCGCUAGAAAAGUUUACGAUGAUAUAUUCAUUUCAACUGCUUUCGACUUUAAAUAUUGGCUCACAGUAGGCCCAGAAUUUUCAACGAAAGAAAUCACGCAAGGUGUUCUCAAUGCUAUGGGUCUUAUGUUUGAUAAGAUACGUACAGGAGGAGACAAGGAAUUAGCCAAGUUUGCAUACACAAGUUUGGAACGUAAGAGAUACCUAAUUGUUGUGGAUGACAUAUGGAAUACACAGGUCUGGGAUGAGUUGGAAAUGUACUUUCCAAACAACAACAAUGGAAGUUCAGUCUUGAUGACAACUAGGCUACAUGAAGUUGCUAAAUAUGCUAGCAGUGAUGCAAUUAUUGAAAAAAACUUCCUAACUGAAGAAGAAAGUUGGCUUCUUCUUCGUAGAAAAGUGUUUGGCGAGGAGCACUUAUGCCCUCAUCAACUUGAGGAUGCAGGAAAGAAGAUUGCUAAGAAGUGCGAAGGACUUCCUCUCGCUAUCAAUGCUCUAGCCAAGCAUCUGUCAAAAGCAGAGAGGAAGCCCGAGUACUGGGAUAGAGUAGCAGAGAAAGAAAGUUCAGCUAUCAUUGGUGCAGAUGAGGAUGCGACGAAGGCACUAUACUUGAGCUACAAGCACUUACCUCAUCAUUUAAAAGCGUGCUUUCUCUAUAUGGGAGUUUUUCCACUUGAUUUUGAGAUCCAUACCUCCAAGAUCAUCAAUUUAUGGUGUGCAGAAGGAUUUCUUGAACGAAAUUCUCAUAAAAGCUUAGAAAACAUUGCCAGGGAAUGUUUGAGGAGCCUUAUAUUUAAAAGUGUUGUUCUUUUGCGUGAGCCCAGCUCCAGUGGCACAAUUAAGACUUGCAAGGUCCAUUCUGUCUUUUGGCAUCUAUGUACGCGAGAAGCUGAGAAGGACAAGUUUUUCCAUAUCAUGAAUAGUAAUGCCAAUAAAAUUAUUGGAAGCCAGCGCCGGCUUUGCAUCCAUAACAACACCUUGUUUGGCAUCAAAGAUGUACGCAACUCAAUGGCGUCCGUUUCAAAUGCACGUUCCCUUCUCUGUACUGGUCCGCACCAUGAGUAUCCAGUGCCAAAAUGUAUGGGCUUUAGUUUGUUGAGGGUACUGGAUGCACUUACAGUCCGUUUCUAUGAGUUUCCGAUUGAAGUAGUAAAACUAAUUAAAUUAAGGUACCUUGCCUUCACUUAUAAUGGAAAGCUUCCUGCCUCUAUAUCCAAUCUCCGGUAUCUUCAAUACUUGAUUGUUCGACAAUGUCUACGCAUCUUAUCAUCUGAGGCUCGUCAGUCAUAUCUACCCAUGGAAAUUUGGGAUAUGAAGGAAUUGAGGCAUCUCCAAGUCAUGGGAAGGGACCUACCAGAUCCCACUUCCAACGAUGCUUUCUUGCUGAAUCUCUCAACACUUUUAGGUGUUAGUGCUCACAGUUGUACCUAUAAGGUUUUUGAAAGAAUACCGAAUCUAAUCAAAUUAGGAGUUCAAAUGGAAUUAGCACCAGACGUUGAUGAACCCUUGUGUUGCUUUGAGCUUCUUGCCUCCCUCCAUAAACUUGAAUCACUCAAGUGGUCGGUAGUGAAUCCUAAUUUGCAGCUUCUUGUCCCAGCAGCCUCUGUUCCUAUAUUUCCACCUGGCCUUAAGAAGUUAACUUUGAGUGGACUUGGAUUUCCAUGGGAAUACAUGAGUACUAUUGCUAGAUUGGAGAAUCUUGAAGUGCUCAAACUGCAAUGCUAUGCCUUUCAAGGCCAAGUGUGGAACACAAAGCUGUCUAUCUUCUCUAAGCUUAGGUUCCUACUAAUUGAAGACACUGAUCUGGAGGAUUGGUAUGUCAAGAGUUGGUUUCCAUCCCUUGAGCGGCUAAUCCUUCGUCACUGCUACAAAUUGAAAGAGAUCUCUAAGGAAAUUGGAGAUAUUGUAUGUCUUGAAAUGAUUGAGCUGGAUGACUGCAACCCUUCUCUGGUGGCUUCUACAAAGCAUUGGGCAGAUAAAAUUCCCGCCCGGAGAAAGCUUCAGGUUUGUGUUAAGUCUUCGGAGAAUGAUAAGAAGCGCAAGUCAUGAGUCGCACCUUGGCUCCAAAGGCAAUUCGUGGAAUUAAGUUUCAGUUAGGCAUCGAAAAAAUUAUAUUUGCGAUAUUAUUUCUCUGUAUGUGUAUAAUUUUUUUGUUAUGAUGUUUUAUGCUCGAAGUGGGAAAUACACCGAAUACGGAAAAUUAUAUUUUAUAUCCCAUAUGUUAGGAUUUUUUUUUGUUUAAUUUAUUAUGAUUUUCUUAUAUUGUGUUUUAUAACUUGAAGUUUUUUUAAUUUUAAUAUUUACGUGUAUUUUU